AUGGGGGGGAGCCUGGGCUGCCACCGCUCCAUCCCCCGCGACCCGGCCGACCUGUGCCACAGCCGCAAGUUCAGCGCGGCGUGCAACUUCAGCAACAUCCUGGUGAACCAGGAGCGGCUCAACAUCAACACGGCCACCGAGGAGGAGCUCAUGACUCUGCCCGGCGUCACCCGCGUGGUGGCCCAGAACAUCGUUAACACGGCCCCCCCGGCGCAGCUCAUGAGCAUCCGCGGCAUCACCGAGAAGAUCGCCAACAGCAUCGUGGACUACCGUAAAGAGCACGGCCCUUUCAAAAGCAUCGAGGACCUGGUGAGGAUGGACUGCAUCAAUUCCUCCUUUCUGGACAAAAUCAGGCAUCAGAUUUUUGCGGAGCGUUCCCGGCCCCCUUCGACGAACACCAAUGGUGGCCUCCACUUCACCGCCAAGCCUCACCCCAGCCCCACGUCUCUGAGCCUCCAGAGCGAGGACUUGGACUUCCCCCCCGGGGGUCCGACCCAGAUCAUAUCCACUCGCCCCUCUGUGGAGAUGUUUGGGGGGGUGAGGGACGGCAGACCUGUCCUGAGGGUGGCUACCUGGAACCUGCAAAGCUGCUCCAUCGAGAAAGCCAACAACCCAGGAGUGCGGGAGGUGGUGUGCAUGACGCUGCUGGAGAACAG